AUGUUGGCGGCUUCCUUGGUGCGCUCUCGCGCCACCUACUUUGAACGUCUGUCCUCACGCACCUCCAUUGCCACCACCUCGUCCAUCGCGCCGCAAGAGGACGCAGAGGAUCGAUGUGGUGGGGGAGGUGGGGGUGGGGGAGGGGAUCAGGGUCGGAGCGAUCAGGACGAUGACGGGCCCGGAGGUGCUGAGGACUCAGACGACCCGGAUUCGUUGGGUACGUUUUUCGACAAGCCCUCCUACACCCGCUACGGCGCAGCAGUGGAAAUGUCCCAGGCUUCAUUCCACGGCGGUGGUGGAGGGAAGGGAGGAGGACCCGCAGCGGCUACUGCGGCCGCCGGAUCAACAGCAGCAGUAGCAGGCGCAGCAGCGGCGGCAGUAGUGCCGGCGCAGUGCCCGGCUGGUUCUAGCGCGCCGGCGCCUUGCGGUGGCGAGGCUGCAGCAGCAGUAGCACCUGCUGCCGCCGCCGUCGGCGGUUUGUGCAGCGGCAGUAGCGGCUACGUCCGCAGCAUGUCGGCCCACUUUGCUCGGGUAUCCAACGGCGCGGUACAUUACCGAGGCUGUAGCGGUGGUACGGCAGGUAUGGAUGGAUUGUUCGACGACCUGGUGGCCCACGUGGGGGCCCUGUUGGCCUCCCACCCCAGUGUGGAGACCCAGAUGGGUAUGGUUCAGGGGCUCUCUGACAGACUGCUACAGCUACAUGCGCUGUGCGAGGUGCUGGGUCGCAAGGAGGACGAGGUGGAGCACCUUCGUGGGGUACUGCGCGAGCUGACCACCACCCGGGCGGAGGCGAUACGGCUCAAGGUGCAAAUGGCGGAGAGCUUGAACGGACUACAGCAGGAGUACUGCAGGGUCCUCCGCUCCGCCCAGUUAGCCCAGGGCACUUGCAAGCAGCACUCCGCCAGGGCGGCCGCCACUCGCAAGCAGCUGCUAGAGGUGCAGGGCGAGCUGCUCAGGUACAAGAGGGCGGUGGCUUCGCUGCGGGACCGCAACCGGCGGCUGCGCAGCGAGAACGAGGACAUGUCCGCGAGGCUGUCGGUGCUGGAGGGCACCCGGCUGGUGUUCUGCCCGGCAUGA